UCCACCAAACAGUCAGUAAAACGCGCCCCACGGGCGUUAUUUCCUCGUCCUGACUGGAUGAAGGGGGUCCAGCCCUCCUGGGCUUCCUUUCUUUCUCCUUCCAUCUCUCAGCAGCUCAAUCAGCCGAUCUUUCAGCAGGAGUUUGAUGUGUGAACUCUGGGAGUCCAUCAGCACCGCGCGCGUUAUUGUUGACCACUUUUCCAACAGGACACUCUUCACGCGUCCUCGAGUUUCAGUGAAUGUUCAAGGAAUGGAAAGUACUCUGCUGGAAUUAUAAGCUCGAGGUCAAACGGGACAGAAGCAGAUAAAGUUGAAGUCUUUGGAUUCCGUGGCUUGGUUUAUAUGAACCUGUUCUCUGGAUCCGUGGACGCGCUGCGCAGCGGUGGAAACUCCGGGUUCAUGUCGCUCUCCGGGAUCAUGGAUCAGCGGACGGUUCGGUUCCAACUCAUGUGGCUGCUCGUGUGCUCCCUCAUCGCGGUGCUGAGCGGUGAACAUUACCCCACACAGGCCCAGGUGAUGUCCUCCAAAGCGCUGAGGGCUGCAAACACACGCAGCAAUGUAACAGACAGCAAUCGCCUCACAGACUUGUACCGGAAGGAAGAGGUCAUAAUGGUCAAGAGCGGAGGUCACGUCCAGAGCCCGCGCUUCCCCAGCUCAUACCCUCGCAACCUGCUGUUGUCAUGGAAACUGCUCUCGCCUGUCCACACACGAAUCCUGCUGGAAUUCGACGCUCAGUUUGGACUGGAAGAGGCGGAGAAUGGAGUCUGCAGGUAUGAUUAUGUGGAAGUGGAGGAUAUUUCAGAAACCAGCACAAUCAUCUGGGGCCGCUGGUGCGGUCAAAGAUCUCCAUCACGGAUCACAUCCAAAACAAACCUCAUCAAAAUCACCUUCAAAUCGGACGAUUACUUUGUAGCAAAACCAGGAUUCAGAAUCUGCUAUUCACUGUUGGACAGCUCACCUCUUGCAUCCCUGACCAACUGGGAAGCAGUUACAGUGACAUCAGAUCUGGGGGGGAUAUCUGGGACGGACACCCCGCUGUCUGCGGCCGCGCUGGACAGCGACAUCGCCAGCGUCAGCACGGUGGAAGAGUUACUGAGACACCUGAACCCGUUCACCUGGCAGGAGGACCUGGAGCAACUGUACACACAGACACACUACUACAGACCGCGAGCUUACCACACCGACCGCAAACACAAGCUUGAUCUCGACCGUCUCUACGAUGACGUGAAGCAGUACAGCUGCACUCCGCGCAAUUUCUCUGUGAAUCUCCGCGAGGAGCUGAAGGUGACCAACGCCGUGUUUUUCCCACGAUGCCUCCUGGUGCAGCGCUGCGGGGGAAACUGCGCCUGCGGCACCGACAACUGGAACUCCUGCAGCUGCAGCGCCGGAAAAACCGUGAAGAAACUACACGAGGUGCUGAAGUUUUCCCCGGGUGCGAGUUUCUACAAGAAGAAAACACACGCUCGCUGGGUUCUGGAGGAGAUUUACCUGCAGCAUCAUGAGAGAUGUGACUGUGUGUGUCAGUCCAGACCGCCGCGAUGAACACACACACACACACACACACACACUCACACACACACGCUCACACACUGUCACUGCACUCCAUUCUGACGUAUAUUUUCAGGUCAUGCCUCCAUCUAAACACAAACCCUUUUGAUAACAUAAGACACACACAGCGUUGGGAGACUUUGAUAUGUAGCUUUCUCUGUUUCUGUUUUAUUCUUGAUGUUAAAUGUUAUUGUGUCCAGUAAAGUUCUUGCCAAUGGAAUGUAAAUGAAUAUUAAUGAGGCUUUUGCUCUCUGAGACCAAUCAGAAGUCAGAGCUCCCUGAGGGGGCGGUUCCUCCUCCAAUCUGAUCUAAUCCCGUGUUAUUUAUUAAAAGAAAUGUCUUUGUCUUUUUAUAACUGUGAUCAUGCUGUCGCAUGUGGGUUUAGUUUUCAUAUUCUCUUUGUUGUCUGAUCAAAGGUCUUAUUGAAGUGAAUCUCAUAAAAACAUGUCCAGUUCACCCUAAAAUGUAAAGAAAGAUAAAUAAAGAAGCCUUGUUUUA